AAACUUUGGCUCCAUGAUUUGAUAUCAGCUUUUUAGCUUUGCCGCGAUUUGCAAUAGCACAAAAAACCCCAAAGCCCGCUCUCAAAUUUCCCAUAAAAAAAUUUGAACCCCCGCCCCUUUCUUAGCCCCGCUCUUUCUUGCCAAAUCUCUGUCUCUGUCUCUGUCUUAACUCUGUCACUCACUCUCUUAGAAGACCUUACUUUUUGAACCGUUUCAUUUCCUUUCUUUUCUUCUUCCAUCUACGAUCUCUAGGGUUUUCUUUCUUCUUAAUUACUUGAAACCCUAAAGUUUCGAUCUUCCUUGAUUUUCAUAUUUUCCAUGGCCAGCGAAACCCUAGAAGACAAGAAACAAGACGAUGAGCCAGAUCCCGAAGUGGAAGGCAAAGACAAAGAGGACGGGCAAAUGGAAGUUGACGAAAAGAAAGAAGAAAGUCACCAACUUGCAGAGAAAAAUGAGGUUCUCAAUGAAAGUGACGAGCCUGAAGAGAAAGAGGAGAAGCCUAAAGACAAAGAGGAAGGAUACAGGAAAGGCAAGAGGUCAAGAAAGUCCAGUGUGAAGAAGCCGAAUGAGGAAACGUCCGAGUCCAAGGUGCUGAGUCAAGAAUUGGAAGAAUCAAAGAAAGAUAAAGAGCCAGAGCCAGUGACUCCAAGUAAUGAGCGACCCACCAGGGAGAGGAAGGUCGUGGAGAGGUACUCUGCGCCUUCUUCUGGUAGGUCUGCAACCAAGCCUGUGUCCAUUGAGAAGGGUCGUGGCAUGCAGCUUAAGGACAUUCCAAACGUGGCUUUCAAGUUGUCCAGGAGAAAACCAGAUGACAAUCUAAAGAUGCUUCACUCAGUACUUUUUGGGAAGAAAGCAAAGGCACAUGCCCUAAAGAAAAAUAUUGGCCAGUUUUCAGGAUAUGUCUGGGCUGAGAAUGAGGAAAAACAAAAGACUAAAGUGAAGGAGAAGCUUGACAAAUGUGUUAAAGAAAAACUUGUGGACUUUUGUGAUGUGCUCAAUAUUCCCAUAAAUAAGACUGUUGUGAGAAAGGAAGAACUCUCUGUAAAGUUAUUGGAAUUCUUGGAAUGUCCCCAUGCUACAACUGAUGUCUUGCUCUCUGAGAAGGAACAGAAAGGUAAAAGGCGUCAGAAGGUCACACCAAGUAAAAGUGUUAGUCAUUCUGAAGCAUCAGAUACAUCGGCCAAGAAACCGAAGCAAACAUCCCAAUCCCAAUUGGGAGCAAAACGUAAGCAGUCAUCUAGAUCUGAGGAAGAAGAUGAAGAUGAUGAUAAAGUUGAAUCACCAGACAUUAAAGAUGAUUCUAAGGAAGACAAUGACAAUGAUACAGCACCAAAGCAAGAGAGUGCUCACAAGGAGAGUGAAUUUGAUGAAGAGGAUGAACCAAAGGGAAUGAAGCCAAGUCAAAAGAGUUCAUCGAAGAAGACUGUUAAGGAUAGUUCUGGGGCUAAAAGCAAGGAUAAAUCCAUGCCUGCUAAGAAGGGCAGCUUGACAAAACCUGUAAAAAGUCCCAUGAAAUCCACAAAAAAAUCUCCUAGUUCGACUUCAAAGAAAGGUGUUACAGAUGCUGACAAAAGUUCUAGAGCAAAGGGAUCUGCAUCCAAAAGGCAGAGAGUGGAAAAAGAAAAGGAUACAGGUGUUGCUGGCAAGGAAAAAGUUCAGGGGAAAAAACAGUCAAGCAAGUCACCCGCUGUGAAGGUCUCUGCCAAGGAUCAAGGUAAAGGAAAAACUAGCAAGAAGGCUAAAGCAGAACCCACCAGAGAAGAGAUGCAUGCUGUUGUUGUAGAUAUUCUGAAGAAAGUUGAUUUCAAUACUGCAACACUGUCAGAUAUUCUCCGCCAGCUUGGUACCCACUUUGGUUUAGAUCUAAUGCAUAGGAAAGCAGAGGUAAAGGAUAUCAUUACUGAUGUCAUAAAUAACAUGACUGAUGAAGAAGAUGAAGUGGAGGAAGAUGUGGAGAAUGUGGCAGCUGGUGGUGAGGCUGACAAAGAUGAAGAUGGGGAUAAUGAUGCGUAAAGAAUUGUGCAUGAUUAGAAACUACACAAGGACCUUGUUGAACUUGUUAGCCAUGUAUACUCACUAGUAGAUGUUUCAUCUACAGCUCCUGUGGAUGAUAAACUGGUGUUACUGUCUGGAUCUCAUGGCCAUAUCCAGAUGAAAAAUUCAACUACCUUUGUACCAUAAGCAUUAGUAACUCUUAAUUUGCUGCUGACAUGGCCUUUAUUAGGAUUCUUUUUCCAGCCUUCUUUUUUGCUUGUUUUAUAUUAAAUUAUCUUUCAAUUGUAUUUGAUAGCUAGUCUUAAUUAGAUUUUAUUCUUCAUCUUAA